GGAGCGGCUGGGCCCGAGGGGGUGGGGGUGUGUGGCUCCCGGGGCAGCGCGAGGGGCCCGCGCGGCAGCUCCCGGGGCAGCGCGAGGUGGCGGUAGCGGCGGCGGCGGCGGCGGCGGCGGCGGCAGCGCUGCUGCUGCUAGCACUGGUGCGCCCGUCAGGAGGCGGCAGUGGCGGUGGCGGCGGCGGCAGAUAGCCCGGAGUGCCCCAGGGUGGUGCUUGUGGGGACCAGCUGGGAGGGCUGCUGCCCAUUGCUGGGGGCGCUAAGGGUCCGCCGCGGGACCCCGAGGAAGAUACUGGCCAGAGCCAAGCCUGGUUGUUUCUCGGGGCAGCAAGCGAGUUCUCAAGCCAGAGCCCCCUCCAGUGCGGCUACGCGGAGCCGGGGAGGGGGUGAGGGAGGCGGGCGCCCGGUAGCCCCCGGAAUGACUUCGAGGGGUUCUCCUCUGGCGCCCCUGCUGCUUCUCUCCCUACAAGGGAUAGCAUCAUCUCUAGAUGUUUUGGAAAGCCCAGGAAGCAUACAAGUAGCUCGGGGCCAGACAGCAGUACUGCCUUGUACAUUCACCACUAGUGCUGCACUAAUUAACCUUAAUGUUAUUUGGAUGGUCAUCCCACUCUCCAAUGCCAACCAGCCUGAACAGGUCAUUUUGUAUCAGGCUGGACAGAUGUCUGAUGGUGCCCCACGCUUCCAUGGUAGAGUAGGAUUUACAGGCACAAUGCCAGCCACGAAUGUUUCAAUCUUCAUCAAUAACACCCAACUGAUGGAUACAGGCACAUACCAGUGCUUGGUCAAUAACCGCCCAGACACAGGUGGAAGGAAUAUUGGGGUCACUGGACUUACUGUUUUAGUGCCCCCUUCUGUCCCACUCUGUCGCAUUCAAGGAUCCCAGGACAUAGGUAGUGAUGUCAUACUGAUCUGUAGUUCGGAAGAAGGCAUUCCGCGGCCAACAUAUCUCUGGGAAAAGUUGGAUAAUAUCCCCAGGCUACCUCCAUCUGCUACACAAGACCAAAUCCAUGGAACAGUCACCCUCCGUAAUAUCAGCUCUGUUUCUUCUGGCUUAUACCAGUGUGUGGCUUCUAAUGCCAUUGGGACCAGCACUUGUCUUUUGGAUCUUCAGGUCAUUUCACCCCAGCCCAGGAGUAUUGGUGUCAUUGCUGGAGUUGUUAGUAGUGCUGCAAUUGUUGUCAUCCUUUGUCUUAUUUUGAUGCUUGUGGCAUUCUUUUACUGGAGAAGCAGAAAUAAAGAGGAAGAGGAGGAAGAGAUCCCUAAUGAGAUAAGGGAAGAUGACCUUCCACCAAAAUGCACUUCAUCUGCCAAAGCUUACCAUGCCGAGGUCUCGUCUUCAGAGAACAACACACUGACCUCUUCUAAUACUUACAAUAGUCGCUACUGGAACAACAACCCCAAAGUUCAUCACACCAUGGAGUCUUAUGGUCAUCCGGGGGACUUGCACCAGUCCUUCUCCCUCCACUCAGGCAGUGCCAAUAUACCAUCUAUCUAUGCCAAUGGAAGCCAUCUGGUCCCACCUUCAGUGAAAACUCUGGUCGUGACUGCCAACAAAGCACCUUCACCACAGGCCACGUCCAGGAGCAACGGCUCCAUCAGCCGGAAGCCUCGGUCACAACACACACACUCCUAUGCUGUGAGCCAAACCACACUAGAGAGAAUGGGUGCAGUGCCAGUCAUGGUGCCAGCCCAGAGUAGAGCAGGGUCACUAGUAUAGAGCUGAGAGAGUUCAGGAAAAGAAGAUAUCACUAGAGAAGGGGUAGAAUGCUGGAAAAGAGAUGGGUUUUCUCAUCUUCACAUGAGUUUUAAAAAAUGGAGUGGGAAGAGCUGGGUAUCACUCUGUCUUGGGAUUUGGAAAUAAAAAUAAAAGGCAGGUAGAGAACCCCCAGCAUGAAGAUUCCAUUCUCCCCUGUGGAGUUCAUGAGGUUCUUAUUACAAAGUUGAAUCUCACAGAUGUGCCAAGUCCAGAGAAGAAGUACAGAGGGCAGGUAAAAUCCAAAUUCCAGUUCACUUGGGAUUAUUCUCUAAUCUUUAUCUAACUUACUUUUUUUUUCUUUCUUAAAAAAAAAUGACUAAAGUGCCAGGGUGGUGUUUGAAUAUGGAAAACCACUUUGGAAGAAAGGUUCUUUUAAAGAAGUGAUGUUCUAGCCAUCCACUAGUGUGUGUGUGUGUGUGUGUGUGUGUGUGUGUGUGUGUGUGUGUGUGUGUGUGAGAGAGAGAGAGAGAGAGAGAGAGAGAGAGAGAGAGAGAGAGAGAGAGAGAGAGAGAGAGAGAGGGAGGGAGGGAGGGAGGGAGGGCAGAAACUGUUAAUACUGAGUCCCCCAGAAGUCACAGUGACCAGAACACACACUCAGAGAACAACACUUAAUGAGAAGCAGGGAGAAAAGAAGAUAGCUCCAUCAAGAUUUCCCUUUGUAUUUAUUUAUUUAUCUCUUCUCUUGAACCAUCUCAUAGGCUAUAUCUCUAGUAGUUGCAGACUGAUGACUGCUUUUUCUUUCUAGGAUUGGUUUUAUGGCCUUGGCCGCCAUAGCUGUUUGUUUAUUCAUUAUUCCCCUAGGGAGAAAAUAUUUUGGAAAGAGGACUAUUUUUGGAUAGGAGGGUGUGAGGCUGAGCAAGAAGAGGUUUGGGAAUCAAUGUUUUUGCUUAGGAAGUUAGGUAACAUUUUCAUCACUUAAGAGCUAUUUUAUGUUUUAUUUUGCGGUUCAUGCAGUUCAGGGAAGACAACCUUCUGGGACUGUAGCGUUAUGGGGCAAUUUCUCUGUAUUGGGUUGUCUGUGGGUCUCCCUUGUUGUCACCUGAGGAGGACAGCACAUAAUACCUCUUGUAUUGAGGCAAAUAACUUAAUUCUCAUUUGACAGAUGUUACUAGACAAUUGGAAGGGAGGUAGAGAUAAUUUGUUUCUUAAAGAGAAAAAUCUCUCUCUCUCUUUUUUUUUUUUUUGGUAAAGAGAAAAGGCAGAGACCAAUGGAAAGAGGAGAUACUUGUGGUGUUUUUUUCAGUUUGUGAUAUAGGCUUGUUCACAGUAAGGAAGACCUACCCAAUCUCUGUAACAGCUCAGGGUUGCCAUUUUGCACAGGGGUUUACCCAAAAGCAUCUCACACCACUGUAAAAGUAUUCUUUUUCUCCAGAAUGAACCAGCUUGGGUCUCUACACAGCCCAGAUUCACUGGGAAAUUUGCCAGCUGUCCACAUUAUUUUGUGCUGUGUAGACCUGCCCACAGGGAACUGUGGAGCCUUAAUCAGAUCAGAUUGCUAAAAGCACAAGUAGCUACUUCUGGGAUGUGAUUACUUAAUAUGUAGCUUUUCUAGAAUACUGGAUCCAUAAUUCAUUUAAACGCCAGUUCUUCCAGGAUGUGUCUUACCUUCCCUUUCUACUACCUUUUCCCAUCCUCCCUAACACACACAUCCUUUUUGAUCAGCAAAGUCAUUUCUGGAGAUGGCCUUGUGGGCCAUGAUUUGACACGAUGUUGUGCCUUCCUUGCACAAAAAAGAAGAAAAAACUUCCUCCCUCCACCAGGAUAAGUUUUAAGAAGGCCAGACUCCAAACCUUACCCUCUCAGAUAUUCCAAUAUCAGCACGGAUUGGGAUUUGCUUUUGUGUACUACUUAAUAUUCCAUUUGAUUGCUCUUGGCUUUGUAAAAAUUUAAAUAAAUGAAAUGAAUGUCUAUACUUUUAUAAAGUAAAUGGAAAAUUCUCUGACAUUGUAAAAGAGACACUGUCAGGUGUUGUUCAGGAAGCUGUAUCGGUCAUUCUGUAGAGAGAAUCUUCUCUUGUAUUUCUUUAUUCUUUCUAAUUGUCUAAAAUUCAAUAAAAGUUUAUUCAUAUACAACAA